AUGGAUGGUGAAAACAGGAUUAUCCUGAACGUUGGCGGUAUUAGAUACGAAACUUACAAAGCUACGCUGAAGAAGAUCCCCGCGACGAGGCUGUCGCGGCUAACGGAGGCGCUCGCCAACUAUGACCCCGUCCUCAACGAGUACUUCUUUGACCGCCACCCUGGCGUCUUCGCGCAGGUCCUCAACUAUUACAGAACUGGCAAGCUACACUAUCCCACCAAUGUCUGCGGACCGUUAUUCGAAGAGGAGCUCGAGUUCUGGGGCCUGGACUCUAACCAGGUGGAGCCCUGCUGCUGGUCUACCUACAGCAUACACAGAGACACACAGAAUACCCUGGCAAUCCUGGACAAAUUGGACAUCGACAGUGAAAAGCCUUCAGAGGAGGAGAUCGCGAGACUCUUUGGCUAUGAGGAGGCGUAUCACGCCGGUGAGCUUGGACUAUGGCAGAGGAUCAAGCCGAAGGUCUGGGCGUUGUUCGACGAACCAUCCAGCUCGCCAUCUGCAAAGGUGAUAUCGGCUGCAUCAGUGUUCUUCAUCUGCGUGUCAGUGCUCUGCUUCUGCCUGAAGACGCACCCUGACCUGCGGGUGCCAGAACCCUUCGAAAUGGAGAACUUCACGCUCAACGGCACCUUCCUCUGGGAGGAGAACGACCAGCCCCAUGUCGCGUUCUUCUACAUCGAGCUGGUCUGCAACGUCUGGUUCACCAUAGAACUGCUUGUUAGAUCAGUGGUGGCGCCGAACAUAAUAGAAUUUGUCAAAUCACCAGUCAACAUAAUAGACUUUAUAGCAACGCUAAGUUUUUAUAUGGACGUCGUAGUAGAAUUGACUGUGGUCCGAAGGAAUAUAGAUAAGGCGGAUAUCCUGGAGUUUAUAUCCAUAAUCAAGAUCCUGAGGCUGUUCAAGCUGACGAGGCACAGUCCCGGGCUGAAGAUCCUGGUCCAUACCUUCAAGGCGUCGGCGAAGGAGCUGACGCUGUUGGUGUUUUUUCUCGUGCUGGGUAUCGUUAUCUUUGCGAGUCUGGUGUACUAUGCGGAGAAGUCACAGGAUAAUCCAGAUAAUCAAUUCAAGUCCAUUCCCCUCGGUCUCUGGUGGGCCAUCGUUACCAUGACAACCGUGGGCUACGGGGACAUGGCGCCCAAGACAUAUCUGGGAAUGUUUGUGGGAGCUCUCUGCGCGUUGGCCGGCGUGUUAACCAUUGCACUCCCAGUUCCUGUUAUAGUAUCCAACUUUUCAAUGUUCUAUUCACAUACGCAGGCACGCUCAAAACUUCCAAAGAAGAGGCGCCGCGUGCUGCCAGUAGAACAACCGAGGCGAAAACGCGAAGCUACCGCCUCCAACCGCCGCGUGAAUGCAGUGAAACACCCUGUUGUACUGAAGGAUUUACAGGGCGCCAACAAGUUCGGUGUAAAUGGCAUGAACAUGAUAAGCCUGGCUCUGCAAGGACCAUCGAAUUUACUUCGACCACCCCACACAGCCCAACCUCUACAAGCCAGGGCUCCAAUUGUCGAGAGUCCAAUAGUGAAUACGCAGUGUGCCGCUAUAUCGUUGGCCUCUCUGCAACCACCUUUGAUGACAGCCCCACCCCUGCAACCACGGCCUGCAACCACCGGUUCCUUAGAUCUGAUGUUACCUUUACAACCGAAAUUAUUACCAGGCUACAACCUGCAAUCAUCUUUUCUAUCCAGCACAUUAUCGACCGUAAGGCCACCGGACUUACCCGACAAACGAAAAGAUGAAUACAAACCGAGUGUUGAUAUAAUUAUUGAGAAAAGCGAUUCAGAAAAUUCAAUAGAUGUAGAUAACAAAACGUGUUGUGAUUUAGAUAGAAAUCUAGCAGAGAAUGAUAAUGAUAAUGAAUGUAAUAAUACGCAUUAUGAAAUAAAUUCUAAUGUUGUAGAUACUAAAGAUUCCAUUACUAUCACAAAUGAUGAUAGUCCGAAUAAUAAUUCUGGUUAAUUUGUUUAUCGUAAUGUUAACGUUGUUACGGAUACCAAUCUUAUAGAUAGAGUAGUUAAAGUUAAUGAUACUGGCAAAUGUAAAGAAGAAAACACAAAUGAAUGUUAAGUAGUUAUUGUAAAGAUUGAAAAUGUAGAAACAUAAAUACGACCUAACGAGAGAUGUAGAC